AUGCUCCUACCGUGCCGGUACCCUCUUCUUGGAGUUAUGGAUCAUUUCAUCCAAACAGUAGGUUCUUCAAUGCUUUAUCCAAUCCUCCUCAACAAAAUUAAAAAUGUUGUAAGAGAGAAAAGAGUUGUGCCUGAGGAUUAUUUCAGAGUAUUAAAGGAAAAGAAGGAAGUAGAAUAAAAUAACAAAACUUCAAAGUAGAAGCUAUUCACUGGUGGCAUUGGAAUUUCAGGUGUUGAAGGAAUAUCCUAAAUCGACCCUGAAAUGGAAGAUGAAGAAGCCAUUAAGUACAUUGAACUUCCCUAGGAGACUUUGUACCUGAUAGAUAAAGUAGUGAGAUCCAGGGCCAAGACUGGACCUAUUGGUGUAGAUAACUCAGAACUGAUCAAUAUCGAAUUGGAGCAGGAUUUCAGAAAUAAGAAUCAGUAUAUUGAAAAUUUAGUCAAUGGAGGCAAAAAACAAGGUAACUAAAUACAUUAGAGUACCACAAAUCAAGAGGAUAAGGAGAACAUUGACAAUCAAAAGUUGCUGGACAGACUGACGACUGCAGCUGCCAAGACUACUAACAACUUGAACAAUAGAAGCAAGAUGUCUGCUGCUAAUAGUCAACAAAAAAGUGUGAUAGGCGAGAAAUCUGCCAUGGCUGUUUCUCACGAAGAAUGGAUGAGAAGAAAGUAGCAUGAAGUGCAGUUGAAGGAACAGUUGAUUAUUGAGGCUAAGAAGGAUAUGCUUGAGUAGCUUAGAAGAAAGCAAGCAGAAGAACAACUUAAAAGAGAAGAAAAAGAAUUAGCAUUGAUGCAAUGGGAAGAAAGAAAAAGAUAGGAAGAGGAUUUAAAAAAAUAAGAACAGAUGCUAAAAGAAAGAGAUGAAAAGCUCCAUAAGUAAAGAAAGUAAAUCGCAUCCUACUAGUGCUUCAAAGAAUGGUUGAAGUAGAGUCUCAUUAAGUAGAGAGAGGAAAUGCUUAAGAAGAAAAUUGAAGAUCAAUAGAAGAAGGAACUGGAAGAGAGGGAGAAGAAGGCAAAGGCCAAUAUGAAAGUCAUGGCUAAGAUUGCUUAUAAGGAGUGGAAAGAGAAGAAGGCUGAUGAGAAUCGCUAGCAAAGAAAGAAAGAUAAACUAGAAAGGCGCAAUCGAUUAAUAAAUGGUGAAGUAGAUGGGGAUUACCCAGGUGGUAAUCACAAAAAAGGAGAAGUCAUGCUAGCUUAUGGUCUCAAUAAAAAUUUGAAAAAGAUCAGAGAAAGACCGAAGAGUGCUAAACCAUCUAAAAAGAAUAAGAACAAGAAAAAGGAGAUUCACUUCUCUUGA